CCGCAAUGUUUCACUCGGUAGGUAAAGAUGGCGGCUCCUAUGGAAGCGCCAAUGUCCCUAUUCAUGUGAAUGAGCAAAACAAAGCCUUUCCAGGCGCAGUGAGAGCGGGCUUUCGGGAGCGGAGACAUGUGUGAGAGUUACGUGCGCUCGCUGCUGCGGGUGUCCGUGGCGCAGAUGUGUCAGGCGGUGGGCUGGGACGCGGUGCAGCUGAGCGCCUGUGAUCUGCUGUCCGAUGUGCUGGAGAGAUACUUGCAGCAGCUGGCCCGGAGCUGCCACCGAUACUCCGAGCUCUACGGAUGUACAGACCCUGGACUGAGUGAUGUGGACCAGGCUUUUGGACUUUUGGGAGUCAGUAUAUCUGAACUCGAGGACUAUGUAAAUAACAUGGAGCCUGUUGGCUUCCCACAAACUAUCCCUCAGUUUCCCAUCAGCAAGAGCAGCGUUCUGCAGUUUCCUGCUGCUGGCUUUGACACGGACGCCCGUGAUGCCCUGAGGGGCGAGAUGAGAGACUAUAUCCCAGAAUACUUCCCUCCGCUCGUCUCACUGCAGGAAGAUGAGGAAGAGGAGGAGCCGGUUCCUGCAGAUAUGGGCACUUCUGCCGAGGCCAUGCAGGUCUCCCUGGGUGAGGAAGAGGACGUUGAGGAAGAGGAGAAUGAUGAGAACUGGCUUAAUCGUCAUGGCGAAGAGAGUCCCAGGCCUGAGGGUCUAUUACCCGCCGCCAAGAGACCCCGCCUGAGCAGCAAACCAGGCGUUAGCCCCGAAUGGAGUUAUGAGCCACGGGAACCUCUCAGUUCCCUCAACUCCCAACACAUGCCGCAUUCCCCCUCCCCUCCCCUCUCCCCCGAAUUACCCCGACCUCCUCUGGCACCUCCUACACCUGGACACAAGCCAAAAUUGCCCUCACCCUCUCCUGCACGACAGAAGAACAAGUCACCCAAAAGAGGUGCUGGUUCUGCACCCACUGGUGUAUUGGGGCGACCACUUAUGUUGACCCCACCCAAGACCAAUCAGAAGGCAGGAAAGAGGUCACCCGGUAGGCCCAAAAGCCCCCGCAGCCCAAAGCUAAGCUUUGCCCUUUUGGGAGCAACUGGACGUGGCUGGGCUGGACCUCCUGCAGAUGAUAGUUCUCGUGAUGGCCAGUUCAGAGCUCAUGAUACAGGAGACGAGGAUAUUGAGAACUCUAUUGCUGCUGUGAUUGCACGGGCUUGUGCAGAUGGAGAUGGAUCAGACCCAUUUGCUUAUGACUCGGACUCAGACAGUGAGGGGCCAAACCCUCCAAAACCUGCACCCAAACAUAUGCUAAGCCACAUCAAACCUCCACAAGCUCUCACCGGAAAACACUCACUUCCACCAGUUCCCCCAAAUCUCAACCCGCCUAAUCGCUGGACGAUGGAUGACUCUAUAGACGAGGUCAUCCGAAAGGCCAAUCAGGGUCAAAAGCCAAUUCAGGCCCCAAGUCUUUCACCUCCAGAACCCACUUACCUGUCGUCCCCACCUGACUCACCUCCCACACUGCUGCCACCUCUAAAACCUCCCCAGGAACGGAAAGACCCUGUUACCGCUACCCUUCUGAAGAAAAAACUCAAGAAGGACAUCAGGGUCAAGUUGAAGAAGAAAGACAAGGAGAGACUCAAGGAGAAGGGCAAAGAGAAAGGAAAGAACAAGGACAAGAACAAGGAGAAGAAGCGGGAAAAGGAGCGAGGGCAGGUAGAGGAGAACAACAUGCCCUGGCUGGAGCUAUUGCUAGGAGGUGAAGAGCGGAGAGACGGCAUUAGCGGGAAGAAAGAGAAGGACAAGCACAAAGACAAGAAGAAAGAUAAAGAGAAAAGCAAGAAAGAGAAAGAGAAACGAGACAAGGGCAAGGAGCGAGGCAAGGAAGAGAAGAGGAUAUCUCAAGGAACCAAAGACAUUGCCGCUGCCGUCGGCGCCACCAGCCCACUCUUCAGCCCCCAGACCUGCCUACGAGUCCCAUCAAUGUUGCCCCCUUUGCCACCAAUACUCCCUGAUAAAUUAUUCCCACACCCCAAGGAUACCAAGAGCAAAGACAAGGACAAGAAGAAGGACAAGAAAGAGAAGAAGAAGAAAAAAGAGAAGGAGAAAGACAGAGAGAAGGAGCGUGAAAAGGAACGGGCAAGGGAGAAGGAGCGAGAUAAAGAUGAGAAGAAGAAGGACAGAGAGAAGAAAGAAAAGACGAAGGAAAAGGAGAAAGACAAGCCAAAACUUGAGAAAUCAAGUUUAUUGGCUGAUGUUCUUCCCGCUGUCCCACCGUCUCCUGUCAUACCCCGACUGACCCUCAGAGUGGGCGCUGGACAAGACAAGAUUGUGAUCAGUAAGGUGGUCCCAGAUUCAGAGCCCACCCCUCCACCACCACGGAUCCCAGUGGCCAGGGCCAGUCCAGCAGCACGGAUGCGUUCCCCUCCUGCUCCCCCUCCACCUGGCCCGGCUUCAGCCGCCACCCAGCCAGGCCAAAGCACGGGGAUGCAGCGUUGUCACGGAGACCGUCAGUGCAUACGUGAUUCGGGAUGAAUGGGGGAAUCAGAUCUGGAUUUGUCCAGGAUGUAAUAAACCUGAUGACGGCAGUCCCAUGAUCGGAUGCG